AGGGGGAGGGUGACCAACUCAAGGUCCCUUAACCUUCUAGGCUGAGUUAGCUCCACUCUUUAGAUGGGAGACCAAGGCCUAGGGAGGCAUGGAGUUGUCAGCUGGUGAAAAGUUGACUUAGUCAAGCAGUUGUUUUGCUGAGGUCCUGUGUACCAGUCCUGGCCCAGCUGCCUGAUUCAAAUUUUGGCCAGCAUGGAGCAGGCCCCAGUCUCAAGGUUGGCUGGGGAUUCUGGCAUGCACAUAUGUGAGAUGCAGGCGAUGUUUUCCUGAGGGUUGGUCUGGUUCCUCAUCAAGGGCAAGUGAAUCAUCACAUUUCCCUUGGUGGAAGUAAGAGAACUUGAGCUUGGAAGCAUGUGGUGCGUCCUGCGAGGCUGUCGGGGAGGAUGCCUGGGCCCAUGGGGAGCCCUGGGGGCGCAGGGCCCCCGGGGCCUCCGCGCUCUGGCCAGCAAGCGCCCCCGGAGCCGAGGUGACUACAGCCACGUGGUGGUGGGUGCGGGCUCCGCCGGCUGCGUGCUGGCGGGCCGGCUCACGGAGGACCCCGACCAGCAUGUGCUGCUGCUGGAAGCCGGGCCCAAGGACGUGUACGCGGGGAGCAAGCGGCUCUGCUGGAAGAUCCACAUGCCCGCGGCCCUCGUGGCCAACCUGUGCGACGACACGUACAACUGGUGCUACCACACCGAGCCGCAGGCGGGCCUGGACGGCCGCAUGCUGUACUGGCCGCGGGGCCGCGUCUGGGGCGGCUCGUCGUCGCUCAACGCCAUGGUCUACGUGCGCGGGCACGCCGAGGACUACGAGCGCUGGCAGCGCCAGGGCGCCGCGGGCUGGGACUACGCGCACUGCCUGCCCUACUUCCGCAGGGCGCAGGCGCACGAGCUGGGCGCCGGCAGGUACCGCGGCGGCGAAGGGCCCCUGCGCGUGUCCCGGGGCAAGAGCGGCCACCCGCUGCACCACGCGUUCCUGGAGGCGGCACAGCAGGCCGGCUACCCCCUCACCGAGGACAUGAAUGGCUUCCAGCAAGAGGGCUUCGGCUGGAUGGACAUGACCAUCCACGAAGGCAAGCGCUGGAGCACGGCCUGUGCAUACCUACACCCAGCACUGAGCCGCCCCAACCUCACAGCCGAGACCCAGACGUUUGUGAGCAGGGUUCUGUUUGAAGGCACCCGUGCAGUGGGUGUGGAGUACCUCAAGAACGGCGAGAGCCACAGGGCUUAUGCCAGCAAGGAGGUGAUUCUGAGUGGAGGUGCCAUCAACUCUCCGCAGCUGCUCAUGCUGUCAGGCGUGGGCAAUGCAGACGACCUCAGGAAACUGGGCAUCCCGGUGGUGUGCCACCUUCCUGGAGUUGGCCAGAACCUCCAAGACCACCUAGAGAUAUAUAUCCAGCAGGCAUGCACCCGCCCCAUCACCCUCCACUCCGCACAGAAGCCCCUGAGGAAGGCCUGGAUUGGCCUGGAGUGGCUCUGGAAGUUCACAGGAAGGGAGGAUGGGAACUCAGCCUUACCGGAAACCAGCUACCAGAUACUUCAAGGCCCCUGCCCACAGGAGGUGAUCAGGCUCCAGUCCUCAGGGUAUGGAGCCACGGCCCAUCUGGAAACAGGGGGCUUCAUCCGGAGCCAGCCUGGGGUCCCCCAUCCGGACAUCCAGUUCCACUUCCUGCCGUCCCAGGUGAUCGACCAUGGGCGGGUCCCCCCGCAGCAGGAGGCUUACCAGGUGCAUGUGGGGACCAUGCGGGGCACGAGCGUGGGCUGGCUCAAACUGAGAAGUGCCAACCCCCACGACCACCCUGUGAUUCAGCCCAACUACCUGUCAACAGAAACUGACAUUAAAGACUUCCGUCUCUGUGUGAGGCUGACCCGAGAGAUUUUUGCACAGAAAGCUCUGGCACCAUUCCGAGGAAAGGAGCUCCAGCCGGGAAGCCAUGUCCAGUCAGAUGCGGAGAUAGACGCCUUCGUGCGGGCAAAGGCAGACAGCGCCUACCACCCCUCGUGCACUUGCAAGAUGGGCCAGCCCUCUGACCCCACGGCAGUGGUGGACCCACAGACCAGGGUGCUCGGGGUGGAAAACCUUAGGGUGGUCGAUGCCUCCAUCAUGCCCAGCGUGGUCAGUGGCAACCUGAACGCCCCCACCAUCAUGAUCGCAGAGAAGGCAGCCGACAUCAUCCAGGGGCGGCCGGCGCUCUGGGACGAGGAUGUCCCGGUCUACAAGCCCAGGACCCUGGCCACCCAGCGCUGAGGUCGGCCCUGCCCGCGAAGGCCCAGCACAGUCCUUGCUUCACAUGGCCUGUCCUGAACCUGUCUAGAAUGUUAUCAUCCAGUGGCCAAGACUUGGAUAAUCUCCUAAGAAAUGGGACCAGUACUGGUUAGUGAACUGGCUUCUUUCUUACCAGCAUGUCCUCUCAGGCCUUCUGGGGCCCCUUCUCCCUGCCUCUGGGCAGGACAGCAAAGGGGAGGGGAGGCUGGUGCAGAAUGGGCAACUCCUGGCAGGUCCUUGUCACGUGCUCCUCAGUGCUCUCCAGUCCAGGGUCCUACCGCCUUCCAGGGUAUGGGUCGGUGGGUCCUUCCCAGGCUCUGUCUGGAGGCAAGCCGGUCCAGGAACAGGGAGCUUGCACAGAGCCCAGGGCAUCCUCCCCAUCUGGCUGAAAGCUGCACCGGAGUGAGGGAGUGUGGAGCUCAGCUGGGAUGUGUGAUGAGCCUCCAACAUGCCUGGGCAGAGGGAAAGCUGCCUGCUGGAAGAAACAGGCUUCUUCUUUCUCUGCUGCUUCCUGACUUCACCCCCAGAGGGAGACAGGAACUGGUGGGUUCAGCUGGGUCCCUCCAAGGGGCCUUGUAGCCCACCUCUAUGAUGCUUUUGUUCUUACUAACACCAUCAGCCUGAGGCCGGAAUUCUGGACCUUGCUUCAGGACUCAGGAGUCUGCAGGGCCUCUUUACUACCAAGGGUUUUAGGACUUAGCAUUUUUAAAGAUCUUCCUGUUGCCAGGAAACCUAAAAACCCAGAGCAGACCUGUACCCCAGCCUGCUCUGCACAAAGCCCGGGGAGAUGGGGACUGAGCAGUGGCCACGGCUGGCUAAUUCUCAUUCUCCAGAUGUCCCCAGCAACAGACCAGGCGGGAGCCAGGCCGACGGAUAAAGCAGUCAAGUAGAGCUAUGAUCCUCGUCCUGAAAAAAAAGAACGCAACUGAUUUAAAGACAAAUGAAUUGGCGAAGAUUUGAGCUUGGGGGAAAAACAAAGUAACAUUUAAAACAGAUCUCUGAUCUUUAAACUUAUUCUAAUUCAAUAAGGCAACCCCAUAACUUACUUUUGAACUGAGAUCCAUUAUCCAGACUGUCGUUACAAGGUAAUGAACAUGUGGAUGCGUUUUGGAUUGAUUUUUCUGACUAUAUCCAGAAGCCCCUGUCUGGCAAGAAGGAAAGGAACUCCCGUUUGGAAACCUGCCCCACUGGACCCAGAAUCAGAGGGAAGGAAGAUGGAACAUUCCAGGCUUUAACCCAGAUCAGAGGGGGUUGAAGUGCCUUGGAGGCCCCACAGUUGAGAAAGAUUUCUAGAAAGGUAGAAAGAAGAAAGCCAUCACACCGGCCUGCCUUUAAAAAUGUUUGAGUAAAAUCUUAUUUGAUCUUA